UUUCUCUCUCCUCCUCUCCGUCUCACCACGACACCACCUACACGACCCUAUGAUGAGCCAUGUGUACUAUAUACGCAAAUACAGACACCAUUUUCCGCCAAAAACUCUUCUUUACGGAGCCUUUUCUCACCGAAUAGACUAAUAAAGAUAAAGAUUUAUACUUUCAGCUCAAAAUCCACUAAAUGGAGCAAGAAUUAGAAAGAAAUAUGGAACAAAAUAGUGGCCAAUAUGAAGUCUUGAUCACAACUGUGAAAGAAGAGCCUUUGAUAGUACUUGAUGAUGAUGAAGAAGAGAAUAUUGUGUGCGGCGGCGGCGGUGGUGCAUGCACUGUGGUGCCAAAACCAAUGGAAGGGCUUAGAGAAAUUGGGCCAUCGCCAUUUUUGAAGAAAACAUUUGAGAUGGUGGAUGAUCCUGCAACAGAGGACAUCAUUUCAUGGGGUUCUAUGAGAAACAGCUUCAUUGUGUGGGAUCCCCACAAAUUUUCGACAGAUUUGCUCCCUAAAAACUUCAAGCACAACAAUUUCUCAAGCUUUGUUCGUCAGCUUAACACCUAUAGAUUCAGGAAGAUUCAUUCAGACCGAUGGGAAUUUGCAAAUGAAGGUUUUCAGCAAGGGAAGAAACAUUUGUUGAACCAUAUCACAAGGAGACAGAAAAAUCCUCAAAUCAUGCCACAGCACGGGGCAGCACAAUCUUGGUUAAGUGUCACCAAGAACGGUGCGGAGGCUGAGAUUGAAAAACUAAGGACUGAUCAGAAUGUACUGAAAGCUGAAAUUUCGAAACUAAGGCAGCAGCAAGGGAAUAUGGAGCAUUAUUUAGCAGCCAUUAAGGAUCGUUUGCAGGACACUGAAAUGAAGCAAAAACACACUGUUGUUUUCACGAUGAAAGCGCUAAAAAAUCCUGGGAUUUUGCAGAACUUCAUCGAGAAAAAGAAAAAGAAAAGGGCACUAGCCAGUGGUCAAAUCUUGAAGAAACGACGAAUGGAUGCUCCCAAUUUAGGUAAUGGUGGUUUACAGGAAGUGAUGAGAACCAUUGAUAUUGAAGAGGUUGCUGAUAUGAAUGCUGAUUAUAAGAGGCUUCAAGGUCAAGAAGAGCUUACUACAAUUCAAACAGAAAUACAAACAAUGUUCUCUUCUGAUGAAUCAAAUAGUUCAUAUUUUUCAUCUGAAAAUUUUGUCUUGUGGGAGAAACUCAUGGAAGAUGACAAGAUUUACGAUGCAGAGCAAGCAGAAGAAGAAGCAACAGAAAGGCAACAACAGGAUAUAGUAAUGGAACUGGAGGAUUUGCUGGCAAAGCCACUGGAAUGGAAUAUGCAUGAGAAAGGCCUGGUCAUACCGGUAUCUACUGCGUAAUUGCCGAGGAGGGCAAAUGGAAACUGCUGAUGGUCUUUUCUUUUCAGUUUGUAGUUGUAUAUUCUACCUAUUUCGUUGUCUUGUAAUUUGCUCAGUGUUUAUUCUUCAUAUCAUCUUUGAAUGUAAAAGUUUACAGUUGUGAAGCUAGAAUAAUAAAUCCCUUCUUAAUUGUCC